UGGGCAGCUUAUGUGCGGCAAACAAAAAGUGUGGGGCUGCCCGCCGCUCGCUCACUGCACCGGGGCCGGCUGCUCGGCUCGCCACCCCGCUCCAGCCCUGCCUCCAACCCUUCCCUCCCCUUCCCCGGGCCAUGGAGCGGCGCUGAGGCCGCCGGCAGCGGAGGCAGAGGAGGCCGGAGGCAGCGGAGGCCUUUGUGCCGCUCGCCGGGGCGAGGAGGGUCCCCCCCGCUCCCUGGGAUGGAGGACGCCGGCGUGCAGAGGGGGCUGUGGGACGGGGACGCCAAGACGGUGCAGCAGUGCUUGACUGACAUUUUCACCAGCGUUUACACCACCUGCGACAUCCCGGAAAAUGCCAUUUUCGGCCCCUGCGUCCUGAGCCACACGUCGCUCUAUGACAGCAUCGCCUUCAUCGCCCUCAAAUCCACCGACAAGCGCACCGUGCCCUACAUCUUUCGGGUGGACACUUCGGCGGCCAACGGCUCGGCCGAGGGGCUGAUGUGGCUGCGGCUGGUGCAGUCGGCCCGGGAGCGGGAGGAGCAGAACCUGGAGGCCUACAUCAAGAGCGGGCAGCUCUUCUACCGCUCCCUGCGCCGCAUCGCCAAGGACGAGGAGCUGCUGGUGUGGUACGGCAAGGAGCUCACCGAGCUGCUGCUGCUCGGCCCCGCCCGGGCCCCCGCCCGCGCCAACGGCUCGCCGCCCUACGCGUGCCCCGAGUGCAGCCAGCGCUUCCAGUUCGAGCUGCCCUUCGCCGCCCACCUGCGGUUCCGCUGCCCCAAGAGGCUGCACGGCGCCGGCACCGGCCCCGCCGAGCCCCCCGGAGGCAAGGAGGCGGCGGGCAAGGAGCCGGAGGCCGCCAAGUUCUGCAAGCCGGCCGGGCCGCUCCACCACCCCUUCCCCGACGGCACCGCCGCCACCAAGCCCUCUACGGACUUCCACAACCUGGCGAGGGAGCUGGAAAACUCCCGCGGCGCCCCCGGCUCCGGAGGCUCCCCGGGGAGGCCGGCGCCCCCCGACGGCGCCCCCGAGGCGGCCGGGAGCAAGGCGAAGCGGCGCUACCCCGAGGAAGAGGAGCGGGGCCGCUUCCCCACGGAGCGGCCGGGGCUGCCGUCGGCGCCCAAGGAGGAGCUGGUGUGCACCCCGCAGCAGCAGCAGCAGUACCGGGCGGCCGGCUCCUACUGCGGCCUGGAGGAGGGGGGCCGCCUCUUCGCACCCCCCAGCCCCGAGACGGGCGAGGCCAAACGCAGCGCCUUCGUCGAGGUGAAGAAGGUGGCCCGCGGCCCCGAGCCCGACGGCGCGGCCGAGGAGGGCCAGGAGCGCGCUUCUCCCCCGGGGACGGGCACGGGGGGGCCCGGGCCCGGCGGCGGGGAGCCGGGGCUGUGCCCCCGCGGCUCCGGGGGGCCCCUGGGCGCCCGGCUGGAGGGGGGCAGCCCGGCGCGGGGCAGCGCCUUCAGCACCGUGCCGCAGCUCGGCGGCGGCCCCGGCGGCGGCCCCGGCGGGGCAGAGGAGCGCAAGAGCGCCUUUUCGCAGCCCGCCCGCUCCUUCCCCCACGGGCCGCCGCUGGUGCUGGGCCAGAAGCUGGCCGGCCUGGGCGAGCCGUGCCCCGACGGCUCCUCCGCCGCCCCCGGCCGCCUGUACGCCGCCGAGGCGCUGGCCGUCAAGCUGCCCGGCGGCGGCGGCGAGGGGGCGGCGGGCGGCGGCGGCGGCCCCGGGGGCGGCCCGGGGGGCGGCCCGGGGGGCGGCGGGGGGCUGCCCAAACAGAGCCCCUUCCUCUACGCCACCGCCUUCUGGCCCAAGAGCUCGGCGGCGGCGGCGGUGGCGGCGGCGGCGGCGGGGCCCCUGCAGCUGCAGCUGCCGUCGGCGCUGACGCUGCUGCCGCCGUCGUUCACGUCGCUGUGCCUGCCGGCGCAGAACUGGUGCGCCAAGUGCAACGCCUCCUUCCGCAUGACCUCGGACCUGGUGUACCACAUGCGCUCCCACCACAAGAAGGAGUACGCGCUGGAGCCCCUGGUCAAGCGGCGCCGCGAGGAGAAGCUCAAGUGCCCGAUCUGCAACGAGUCCUUCCGAGAGCGGCACCACCUCUCCCGCCACAUGACCUCGCACAACUAGCCGGGGGGCACGGCGGGGGGCGACGGAGGCGGCGGCUUACGAGUACAUUGUUUAAAAUGUCAUAUAUUGCAACAUAUUGAUGCAUUUGUCAUACGUUUCUACUUAAAUUAUUGAGCACUUAUGGUUUAGGUGUAAGAAUAAUUCUAUGUCAGGGUAAAUUUUUAUUUUAGAUAUGAAGCUACGGGGGGCGGCGGGGCGGGCGCUGUCUGCGCCGGGCUCCGCUUGCACCGGGCUCCGUUUGCACCGAGUCCUCUUGCACCGGACUCCGCUUGCACCGGGUCCGUUCACACCGGACUCCGCUUGCACCGGGCUCUGCCGCCCGCCCGCCGUCCCCUUCGCCCCCGCCGCCCGCCCCCGCGUGUAACUUCGUGCCCGUGAAAUGGAGUCUCAAUAGUUCCGUGUUUCUUUUCAUCCCCUCUUCCCCCGCCACACGCACCCCUGGAAAAGAUUUAUUAAACUUUAUAGUUUAUCUGGGUAUGUUGGAUGCUUUGACAAUAAAUGACUUUAUUUU